UCAACACCAUAAAUCAAACAAGCCUUUCAUUCAAUCUCCUCAUCCCCCUCUCACAAUGCUAUCCCCCCGCAGCCAACUCACUGCCGCAUCCCUCACUAAACCAUGGCGCUACGUCGACCCAGGACCCAGAGGCAUAUACCAUCCAGAAACUAACCCCAACGGCGUCAUCACGCAGCUCACGAGCGCGGAGAACCAGCUGGUUCAAGCCGACAUCGCAGACUUCAUCCGCCGAGAAGUCGUUUUCAGCCAGGAUGUGUUGGGGUAUAAAGCUGUUUCGGAUGGGAGUCGCAGACUGGCGGGGGCGCUUGCAGAGCGUUUGAACGAGUAUUGGAGACCCGUCGAGGUGUUGAGUGCGGGGGAUGUUGCGGUUGUGGGGUCUGCAACGGCGCUGCAUGAUGGGUUGGGGUUCUGCUUGUUCGAGGCUGGAGAAGGUGUUUUGGUGUCUAGACCUUAUUACGGUCGGUUUGAGAUUGACUUCGGGUUCAAGGCGCAGGUCAAGGUCGUUGCUGUGGAUUCAACCAUUGAUACAUGUUUUCUUCCCAGCGUGGUGGACGAGUAUCAGGCUGCGUACGAUAAAGCUCUGUCUGAAGGGAUCAAGAUCAGAGCUGUUAUGCUCGUGAAUCCGCAUAAUCCUUUAGGUAUAUGCUACCCACCAGAAACCAUCCGCGCACUCAUGACCUUCUGCCAAACCCACAAACUCCACCUCAUCAGCGACGAAAUCUACGCCCUCUCCGUCUUCCCUUCAAACACCUCCACCCCAACAUAUCCAUUUACAUCCGUCCUAGCCAUCGAGCAGCCAGGCAUAGACCCAGACCUCCUCCACGUCAUCUACGGCAUCAGCAAAGAUUUCGCCCUCCCCGGCCUCCGCCUAGGCGCCCUGCUAACACGCUCCGCCACCCUCAAAAAAUCCCUCUCUUCCAUCCUCCGCUUCUGCCCUCCCUCAAGCACCUCCCUCCUCAUCGCCUCCACGAUCCUCGAAAACCGCGCCUUCUGCGCCUCGUUUAUCGAGGCCAGUCGUACGCGUUUAGCGGAAGCAUACGCAUUCACGACUGCGCGGCUCGAUGAAAUGGGGAUCCGCUACGCGGACGGUACGAACGCGGGGUUUUUCGUGUUUGUGGAUCUGUCACCUUUUUUGGUCGACGAAGAAGGGAUGGGAAGGGAGGGGAGGGAGCAAGAGUUGGCGGGGAGAUUAUUGGAGGGUGGGGUUUGCGUCCAACCUGGGGAAGAACAUGCGGUUGAGGUUGGGUGGUUUAGGGUUGUUUAUUCGGUUGAGAGGCGGGUUUUGGUGGAGGGGUUGAAGAGGUAUUUGUUUCCUUCCUUCCUUGUCCUUUUUUUUUCUUACUUUUUUCUUCCCCGUAGAGAUGGGGGGUUGGUGCGUGUGCUAACUUGGGGUUGUUCUUAUGACUAG